AUGACUUCUAAUACGUCAGAAAGCGGGUCAGGUACUCAAAAUACUGUAGUUCAGUUGAGAAACCUACCGGAUUUGACGGAGAUUAAUCACUUGGAAAUAGAUGCCCCCGUAGUGGAAAUUUUAAAGAAAACAGUACUAUUCCAGUUGAACUCGUUAAACAUCUGCAUUUCAAACUUUGCAUUGGAUGAGCUGGUCAAUCUCGUGACUGUUCAAAUGGAUGGGAUGUUCCGAAACCUGCACAAUUUAACUCUUUUACAAAGAAGAUCACAAGCUUCCCAAGCGGAUUUGAAAUUAUUGUUUCGAGAGUUCAAGCUGGAUGCGGCGUCCCUUUACCAGCAGUUCCAGGUCUCGGAAUUCAUUAAAUCAAAGCAUUCCGUAGAAUAUGAAAAAUUGGUGAGCUCGUCGUCUCUUCCUGCUAUACCGCGCAACGAAGAGGAUGAAGAGGACGAAUUGAAUAAUAUUGAGGAGCAACAGAACGAGAUCAACGUUUUGCUGCCUCCCUCCAAUUCGUUGGAGAAACAGAUACCGAGUUGGCUACCCAACUUCCCGCCAGACCAUACCUAUAAGUUUACACCUGAGUUUAACCAUCCAAUUACUGAUCUAAAAACCAUCAAGAAAGAAAUAGUAAAAGAAAGUCGAGAGUCUGAAAAGGCUCUGCUAAAUCUGAACAAAAGUCUCUCUCACAUAUCAUCGGCGUCACAUACUCCACCCCCGCCAGUUUUAGACGAUGAGGACGCUACUGAGCAACAAUUGGAGAUUUGGGGCGACGCACUUCAAGAAAGGAAACCAACCAUAACUGCAAAGUGUCUCAAUGAAAACAACAUCGAGCAGUAUGCGAAGUAUAGAGUUGAGUUGGCGAGAGAACGUGUUACGAAAUUCGAAGUGAACCAAUUGAAAAGAACAAAAAACCCAUUUUUGAAAAUUUCUGAAACUCUUUACUUUUCAAAGAGUCCUCACCAGUCUCAUAAAACCAUACAAAAAACCAUAGAUUUGCAAUUUCGUAAGUCGAUGACACUAUUCAUGCACAACGUACCCAAAGUCCAGAAGCUGAAGAAGGAAAAGAUACGAGUAGCCAAAGAAGAAAGAGCAAAAUCGCUAAAACGCCGGCAAGAAGAGCUUGUUUCGCUACGAACAAAGAGGGAACAAGAUGAAGGCCAUGACCUGGAACUUUUGCUAAAUAACGAGCACGCAAGGGACCCUACGGACAACAACACGACUUCCAAUGCAUUAAACAACUCUACCAUAGUUAUAAACGCAAAUGCGGACGAUGACGACGAUGAUAUAAACCUAUUCGGCAUCUUAGGAAGCAGUGAGGAUGAAAAUGAAAUCUCGAGUAUACCUGUGGAGAACUUGGCCGGGGAAUCAGAGCCCCCCACAAUGACAGCGCAAGAUACUACAAAUACCACGCCCGUGGCACAUAACACAACCAAUAUCGAUGCUAUAGCGAGCCACUCUAUUCAUUCAACGCCUAAUGAGAACGCUCCAACGUCUCCACCUGCGGACAUAGCCACAGAUCACGAUAUAACUAUGUAA